AGGAAGGAAGGCUUUGGGGGUGGACGCUUUUCCACAGGACCAGCAGAAUGCCUGGAAUCUCUAAAUCGCUCUUUGAGUAUUGAUAAGAGGCUCUACAAAGAAGAUAUUAAAGGAAGUAUUGCGUACGCAACUGCUUUAAAAAAGGCCAAUAUAAUAACACAGGAAGAAGAAACUAUUUUAAAAAAAGGAUUGAAUUUGACGCUACAAGAAUGGGAAAAUGGAAAAAUAUCGUUUUUGAAAUCAGAUGAAGAUGUUCAUACAGUAAACGAAAGGAGAGUAAAGGAAUUAAUUGGGUCAGAAAUUGGAGGAAAAUUGCACACAGGACGAAGCCGAAACGAUCAAGUUGUAACAGAUAUGAAAUUAUGGAUGUUGGAAAACAUAUCAGAAUUACAAAAAACUAUUGCCGUUUUUGUCCAGGCACUCCAGAAAAAAUCUACUGAAUGUAUAGAUGUACUCAUGCCAGGUUACACUCAUUUGCAAAGAGGACAACCGGUUAGAUUUAGUCAUUGGCUUUUGAGCCAUGCUUGGCCGUUGGUGUCCGACCAUCAACGACUGCGAGAUUUGCGGAAGCGCGUGGCAAUGUGUCCGUUAGGAAGCGGCGCAUUGGCGGGAAAUCCUCUCAAAGUGGAUAGGAAAGCGCUGGCUGAAGAUCUUGGAUUUGACUCCGGCCCGACAAUGAAUAGCAUGCAUACCGUAUCUGAUCGGGACUUUGUCGCUGAAUUUCUGUUCGAUUGCUCUUUGUGUUCAUCUCAUUUGAGUCGACUGGCUGAGGACCUGAUAAUUUUCUGCAGCAAAGAAUUUCGUUUUAUAUCCCUGGAUGAUGGUUAUUCUACUGGGAGCAGUCUCAUGCCACAAAAAAGAAAUCCUGAUAGCGCAGAGUUGGUUCGUGGAAUGUCAGGCACAAUUUUCGGCCAGCUUUGUGGAUUCAUGAUGACUUUAAAAGGAUUACCGUCAACAUACAAUAAGGACUUACAAGGAGAUAAGUUGGCGAUGUUUUCAGCCUACGAUAGUUUACGUGAUGUUUUGCAAGUGAUUACUGGAUGCAUUUGCACUAUGAAGAUAAACGCUGAUGUUUGCCGUAGUGCUCUAACGACGGAUAUGUUGGCUACUGAUUUGGCAUAUUAUCUAACUGGUCGCGGUGUAGCAUUUAGGAAAGCUCAUAAGUUAACGGGCGAGGCAGUGGCAAUGGCUGAAAAGCUCCAGAUUCCACUUCACCAAUUGAGCUUGUCAGAUUUACAAAAAAUUAGUCCUGCUUUCGAAACAUCCGUAUAUAAAAUUUGGGAUUUUGAGCAUAGUGUGGACCAGUACUCAUCAAUCGGAGGAACUGCAAAGUCCGCUGUAUUGCAGCAGAUUCAAGAAUUACAUUCGUGGGCUGAAAAUACACAACAAAAAUGA